UAUUUCCUAGUUGCUAUUCUAACAUUACGAAGCAGAGUCUUGAUGUGCGAGGACGGAGGCUUGGGUGGUGUUAAAAUAGACGAUAAGACAUGUCGUCGAAGAAAAAAAAGGCUUGGUUCACGCCGCCGUGCGCUAAAUCAAAAUGUAACGUUUAAUACCGACGUUACCGACAGUACCUCUGUAGCUCAAUGCCACAUUCCUGAAGAAACUGAAUCAUUAAAUGAAACGGCUAAUUCACACAAAGCACAACGUGAAACCCAACGGUCGCCUUCUCCUGAUCCUUUGGGGAACACAAGGAAAUUGGGCUCUAGUCAAAGGCACAGAGUGAAAAAUGUUCAGGAGUCUGUGACUGAUUCACACCAGAACUCUGAAUCCACAGAGGAAGUAGAGCAUUCAAGCAGGGGGGCCGCUCUACAGCCUGAGAGGCAGGCAGACGUGUUACUGGAUUCUGCUUCUGGGGCUCAGCAUGCUAUUGUAACAAACCGCCCGGAGGUGGACCUGGAAAGUUUCAUUUCCAUAGGUGAAAACGAAACGCAAAAAUCAGACAUCAGUCACUCUGAGGAAGUCAAAGAAAAUGUAGGUGUCGCGUCUCUGAGUUGGCGAGUGAUGUGACGUGUCAAACAGAUCAGCAACUGAUUGACUCAUCAAGUGGCAAGAAAAUACCAGAAGAAAAACUUCCCAAUGUGUGUUCUGUAACAGAAGAGCAAAGAGAUGACAACACAGAGAUGUUCAUUUCUAGCACAACGGAGAUCACCACAGAAAGCAUCCAUACAGCAGAAAACACUGCAAAUGAAUGCAGUCUUCAAGGAACAAUUUCAUCACCUAAAGUGGAAAUGCCUGCAGAGGUGGAACAAAAUGAGUAUUUACAUUUAUCUGAAGUUGCACAGGCUCAUUUAGAAGACGCUGUAAACAAAGGGCAUGAAAAUGAGAUUAAGCUAAUGGGUAUGCAUGAGAUCGCUUACUCGUCUGAAAGUGUGGUCCAUGAUGGCAAAAGUGACAAUGAUCAUGUUUAUGAUACCCGCAAACCUCAGAGCAGCGACAUAGAGAGAGAUGACCCUGCGCUCAGACAGGUAUUUGAGGUUGAAGGCACAGUGGAGGAACAGGAUGUUGAGCCAAAUGAGGGACAAGACAACUUACCUAAAGUCACAGCUGGUGAUCAUUCAGAGGCUGCUGUAAACAAACUGCAGCCAACAGAAAAUCAAGAAAAGCCUCAAAUUGAUUUCUCGCCUGAGAAUGUGACUCAUGAUGCCACAGACAAGUCUGAAAUUAUUUCCGGAAAGACGAUGGACCAAACUGAAGUCAGUGACACAUACCAAUAUGAGAUGAAAGUGACAAAUGCUCUUGAUUCUCCAAUCAACAGGGACAAUUCAAACUCAGACAACACACAGGAAGAACAUCCAAAAAAGGAAAAUAUUUUUGAGACGUCAGAUCAGAGAAAUGAGGAUUAUGAUGUUUGUGAUAUCAAGAAAACACAAAUCAGCGACACAGACAGAGUGGACACUUUUCACGUAUUUGAGGGUGAUACAAACCCCAGUGAUGAGCAAACAGGUUAUCAGGAGAACGAAGAACUCCUGGAGGAGAGUGGAUCGUCUUUACAAACCCUGCAAUCAGAAAUCAACGUUCCUUCAGACCCCCAACUUCUGCAAAAAGACUCCAGCUUCCACUCCAUUGGACACCGAAGAAAAAUGGGGUCUAGCCGUAAAAGCAAAGGAAGACCUCAUGUCAAAGACUCUGGUGCUGAAUCAGACCAGGAACCUACAGUGGAUGUUGUUGGAAAUACCAGAGAUAAUGAAACCCAAGAAGGAACAGAAAUGGCUUUAGAAAUAAAGACUGAAGUGCAGGAAAAAUCUAUGGAGACGUUGCUUAAAGAAACGGACACAUUUGACCUGACUCAGACUGAAGGUGUUAGUGAAGAAGUUAAAGGAAAUGCACAAGAUGACACACUUGUUGGCAUCGCGGAUCUCAAUAGUUUGGGUUUACAGUCAAGUUUGACAACAGCUCAUCUGGAGAUUGACCAAUCAAAUGUCAGGGAUGACCGAGAUGAAGAACCUCCCAAUCUGUGUUCUGUAACAGAAAAAGAAAACGAGGAAGGAGCCGAGGACACAGAACCGUUCAGGCCAGAUGGAAGUUUACCAGACAAAUAUUUGCUGCGUGAAGAUAUGGAGUCUUCUUUCCCACCGGAGAAAACCACAGAAGAACUCAGCAGCAGAGAGCCUACAGAACCUGAAUGUAGUGUACAACAAGACAGUUUGUCACCACAGAAAGAGGAGGUGCACACAAAUGAGGGACAAGACGACAACUCUAACUUACCUAAAGUCACAGGUGAUGUUAAUUCCAAAUUGAUGGACCAAACUGAAGUCAGUGACACAUACCUGUAUAAGUUGGCAGUGACAAAUACUGAUGGUUCUCCAAUCUCUCUGGAGGAGAGUGGAUCGUCUUUACAAACCCUGCAAUCAGAAAUCAACGUUCCUUCAGACCCCCAACUUCUGCAAAAAGACUCCAGCUUCCACUCCAUUGGACACCGAAGAAAAAUGGGGUCUAGCCGUAAAAGCAAAGGAAGACCUUAUGUCAAAGACUCUGGUGCUGAAUCAGACCAGGAACCUACAGUGGAUGUUGUUGGAAAUACCAGAGAUAAUGAAACCCAAGAAGGAACAGAAAUGGCUAUAGAAAUAAAGACUGAAGUGCAGGAAAAUUCUAUGGAGACGUUGCUUAAAGAAACGGACACAUUUGACCUGACUCAGACUGAAGGUGUUAGUGAAGAAGUUAAAGGAAAUGCACAAGAUGACGCACUUGUUGGCAUCCCGGAUCUCAAUAGUUUGUGA